AAAUUUCACCAUCGUUUUAAAAUUAAAUUGAAAAGAUAGCAGUUGAAAUGGAUUCUAAUUUUUAGCAGACAGAAUAUCCACAAUAUAACAAACAUUAUGAGAAAUAUACCAAUUGUAGCUGAAUUUGUUCCGUAUAAACAUUUCGUCGAAGAAGAAUCCGGAAGAUUGCAUUGUCAGCAAAACACAGAGGCGUCGUCUUGAGAGAAACUGUUUGUCUGUGCAAAUCGUCGAUAAGUGGUUAUCUAGUAUAAAUUCAGCAAUGUCAAGCUCCAAAUACAUUUCAGAUACCUUCAAAUACGUAAAGCGGCCAUUGGCAAAUCAAGUGUUUCAGCGAUCUGAGCAUGGUCCAAUCCCUUCAUCAAGUAAAGCAGAUGCCAAUGUGCCUAUCAAUCUCCAUGGGAAAAGUGAAAAAGAUUUCCUCCGUGAAUUUGACAUGAAUCUUGAAUUUGGACCCUGCAUUGGUAUCAGUCGCCUUGAGAGAUGGGAGAGAGCACAGAAGCAUGGCCUUGAGCCUCCUCUGGAGGUCAAGGAACUGCUGACCAGACACCAGGAUGAUCCUAGGUAUACACAAUGUGUCUGGAAUGAUUAUGUGAUCUGAUACACUGUGUAUGGACUGAGGUUGUGUACUUUUCAACAGUGAUGCCACAUUGAGCUUUGGAGACUCAAUAGUUCAGGAAGGGACCAAGUAAUGUGUUCAAAUUGAGCCGAAGGAGUGACAAUGUUUGUUGAUGUGUACAUGAUGUGAAGAAGGUUCAUGGCUGAAUCAAGACUUGGUUGGUCUAUUGCCUCCAUAGACCAUUUGAAAGCCAAUACAGACACUUUUAUUUGAGAAACAGUUAAUGUAACAAGAUGAAAAAUAGAAUUAUGCACCUUUAUUUUAUAUUUUAAGUUUAUAAAACUCUUAAAUCUAAUAAACAGUAAUAAGGAAAGACAUCAGCAGAAAUUUAGGUAACAAUGUUACGUAAUCCAAUGUUGAACUGAGUUGUCAUAGCACUAGUAUCUAAUGGCCUACUGAGUGGUGUCAUCAGACAAUAACACAAUCACCUAAGUUUUUAAGCUUUUGAGUAUUUCAAAUGUUUUAUAGUGCUUUGGGUAAAUUACAGCUGACAUACAUCGAUAUGUAUAUUUAUUAUGCAAUAAUAAUAUUUUAAUACAUCAUAGAUAGAUAUAUAUACUGUAGAAGAUGAUUGAUACAGUAAAACAAGUGUAUAACUAUAUAGGGGACCAAAGUAAUAAGUAGGUGUGGAUAGACAGGUUUAUUAUACAAUGUACAAUAAUCUUAUAUUUUAAAACAUCAUAGAUAUAUAUACUGUAGAAGAUGAUUGAUACAGUGAAACAUGUUUAUAACUAUCGGGGACCUAAGUAUUUAUUUUAAUAACUGUAGGCGCAAUUUGUAAUAGUGUUUGGUUUAUGAUGUAAUUCUUUGUCUGGAACUAAAUAUCUUUUCAUAAUUCAUCAGCAUAUUUUACUGUAUUCAGUAUUUCUGUCAUUUUAUAAUAUUUUUUCAUCUAUACAAUUUGUUAAAUUAUACAAAAAUCUGUCAUUUUCAUGAAUGGUUGCUUAUCAUUUCAUAAUAUAAAAUACCCAUGUAUACUCAGUAUUCCCUGAUUAAAUAUUGUUGUAUGUUAUAUGUUUAAAAAUCGAUCAUGCUUUCAAUACAAUGUCUGUAUAAGCAAAUAAAAAUGAGGCGGUACUAUGAAACAACACUUAGAAAGCAGAAAUUUGUUACAUGUACUAAUAAUUCAGAAAAAAGAGCGCUGUGUGAGUGUUAAGUAAAUGCAUACAUGUAUAUAACAUAAACAUAUGUGUUAUAGGAUCAAAACAAUUCUUUGAAUGAUGGUAUUUUUUAUUUGAAACCAAAGCAGCAGAUUCUUCUGAAUGAGUUGCUCAAUUUUAUUGUAGAUUUUAUGUUUUCUUUGUUUACGUGUCUGGACAACAUCCACUUGAAGUUACAUGGCAAAUUUGCCAAGUAACUUCAAGUGAAUGUUGUCCAGUCAUCUUUUUACUUAAUAUCCAUUACCCCCUGGACUGGACUAUCAAAUUCCAUAGGAAUCCGUCCCUUGGAGGCUCUGCACCAAUACGAACAUUCAUUCACGGACGUUGGAUCUCCCACCUCCAGUAUUUAGUUCACGUGAUACAUUUUAUAUGACUAAAACUAUCAUUUAAUGUUUGUAAUAUCACCAGUUUGUGUAGCCAUAUUGUUUUAUAUAUAUUAUUGUUUAUGUGUUCUAUAUUUAAUAAGUAUGAUGUAGAUAAUAUUUUAUAUUUUAACCAUAAAGACAAAUCAAAACCAAAGGUCCAGAUUAUCUUUUAUUAUAUGAUCUAUGGGCAAUGUGUAAAGAUAGCUGUAGAUUUCCAAUUUUAAUUGUUAAGGAUUUUUAAUCAUAAAAAAACCCAAAUCUGAAUGCACGAAACAUCAAACCUUUGACGGAAAUUAACAUAUAAUACAGUGCACAUAAUUGUUGUGCAUUUAUGAGGCCAAAUUGAUUUCCAAGGGUUUCUUGUCAUUCCUAUUGUAAGAUAUUUACCAUUUUAUCAAUAUUUUAACAUUUAUGACCUUUUAGUGUUGAGAUCACUUCAGUUGUAUAAAUUAUCAGAUUAGGCUGUCACUUUAUAAAAUGUGAAUAAUUCAUAGUUAUUGUCUUAAAUAUUAAAAACAUCAGAAUUGAAGAGAUUGAUUGAGUUACUGUCAAGCGUUAACCGGUGAUUCUUACAAUGAAAAGAGUAUCAUGACCCUGUGUUUCUAAAUCCAGAACAGAUCUUGAUACUUUGUAGCUAAAUAUGUUGGCAUUGUGUAUCAAAUAAUUGUCAUAAACGGUGGAAGAUCUAGACUGCUUGGGUUCCAUCUAGAAGAAAUGUGUCCUAAGAUAAAAGUUACAAUGCAUGCCUCGUGUUAUGUUAUAUAACAAUUGAAGGGAUUUCAAUUUGGUCAAUACAAUUCAAUUUCACCAAACAUUCAUAAAUAAUAAAAUUUCUCUUGAUUAUCUCCCUUUGAUGUCUGCUCAUGAAGACACCAUUGAACCUCCUUUUUCAUUUGUCAAAUUUGUAGGGAGGUCAUGGUGUCCCUCCUUUUGUUUUGAUUUCUCUUUAGUUACUGUAAUUGUCUUUCACAUUGACUUUGAGUAUCAGUAAGUUAUUUUAGAGUGAAGCAAUAAUGUUUUUGAUAUGAUUUUUGUUUGGUAAUUAGAAUGCCAUAUUAAAGAUGACGUUCACUGAUUGUAUUGUUGUUUUAGACAUCUUUCUCUGUUUUUCACUGUUUGUUAUUUUGAAAAUAAA